AUGGCGAGGAGCAUGCUUUGGGUGGUUGCGCUGUUGCAUCUCUGGCUCGGCAGCUCUCUGAUCUCGGCAAAUGCGGACUUCAAUGUUGAAGGUUGCAAUGCUAUUUGGAACAAACUCAACGGUUGCUUCUUAGCGUGCUUUCCCGAAGUCUCAAUGAGCGAUCCAGGCACCUGCUUCGAAAGCGCAACAAAGCUAGCAGCAACGUUGAAAGUGAAGAAUUGCUCGAUUCCCGAGGCCACUCCAUCAGACCUUUGCAAAGAUGUGACAGAUGCAGACAUGCCUAGCAGUGAAAAGUUUUUUGAACGUGUCGUAGUCCCGCUCAAAAUCAGGUGGGCAGUCGAGGCCGAGCACGUUUACAAUCUGUUUGCAUAUCUCCAGGCGAAUCUGACCUCUUCCACGACAAGCACGACAAGCACGACAAGCUCGACCAGUACGACAAGCACGACAAGCACAACCAGCACAACCAGCACAACCAGCACAAACAGCACAAACAGCACAACCAGCACAACCAGCACGACCAGCACAACCAGCACGACCAGCACAACCAGCACGACCAGCACGACCAGCACGACCAGCACAACUAGUACAACGAGCACAACGAGUACGAGCAGUACGGGCAAUACUAGCAGCUCGGCUAUCUCAAACACCACGGCCAACUCGACCGACACUUCGACAUCGAUGAGCCCAAGUCGCACGAAUGGCUCAGACACGCCCUCUUCUCCCGCCCCGCCCGCGUCUCGCCCAACGAGCGAGACCGACAAUGGCAGCGAUGGCGUUGAGGAUGAUGACGAGUAUGGCGAGGCUGAGGAGCAAAUUGAGGUCAAGGGUCAGUACGAGGCGGCAGGACAACAGUCUAACUUUGCCAUGUUUUGGCUUCUCGUGCUCCUGGUGCUCGUCGUUAUUGCUUUUGUCUAUCGUGAAAACCUCUUGGGCUUGCUUGAGUGGCCAAGCGUGCUCCGAACGAGAGAGAACUUAGCGAGUGAGCGAAGAGAGAGCGAGCGAGAGCAGGGCCAGAGCGAGAGUGAAGCCAACUUCUGCGCGCCGACGAACAUUGGCAUCAUGGCAGUAGCUCAACUUCGCGAGUGGCGCAAUGCCGGGUUUCGCAACAGCGUUGAGGUGGUUCAAAUGGCCGAGCAGAAUUGGACCGCCAUCAAGAUGGCCGGCGAUGAAAAGUGGGCCAUCUACGAGCAAGUUAUGACAGCAUGCCUCGACUUGCCCAAUCGCCAGGAUCUCUUGAAGUCGUGCUUUGAGCAGUUGGAGGCCCGCUUCCCCAAAAGUCAGCGCGUGGAGCGAGCUCGUGCCAUGAUCUUGGAGAGCGAAGGCCGCUACGCCGAGGCGCUCAACCUUUACGAGAGCCUCCUCGAGGCCCACCCGGUCGACAUGCACUUGCUCAAGCGAAGGAUAGCUCUCAACGUGGCGCAGGACAACACAACCAAGGCCAUCAAGCUGCUCAACGCCUACAUUGAAACCUUCAGCAAGGACGAGGAGGCCUGGCAGCAACUCUUGGACUUGUACCUUGCAGCGCUCGAUUAUGAAAAAGCCGCCUUUUGCGCCGAGGAGCUUCUCCUUCUGAAUCCACACAGCCAUUACUAUCAUACACUUUACGCCGAGAUUCUGUACACGCGCGGUGGUCGUGACAACUUGUUGUUGGCUCGCAAAUAUUUUGCCAAGGCCGUGUCACUUCAGCCCAAGGGCGUACGAGCCUUGUAUGGCCUCUAUCUGGCCUGUCUUCGCACCCAAUCCGGUCCUGCCAAAGGUCGCAACUCAGCCGGCGAUGAUGAUGAUGAAGAUGCAGGCUUGACCUUGACUGAUUUGAGUCAAGGCUGCCGACGCCAAAUCAAGCAGGCAGUAGAGGGCGCCCCGGAGCCUGUUAGAGCGGCCGUGGCUCGCUUUCUCCAGCUAUCUUGAACGUGACGCCCGUGGAGGAUUUUCAGGUCUCCCUCAAAUUGAAAUCAGUGUGC